CGAUCACCCGGGCGCCGGGGAGCCGAGCGCCGCCGUCGCCGCCGCCGAGAUGGAUCAGUGCGUGACGGUGGAGCGCGAGCUGGAGAAGGUGCUGCACAAGUUCUCCGGCUACGGGCAGCUGUGCGAGCGCGGCCUGGAGGAACUCAUUGACUACACGGGCGGCCUCAAGCAUGAGAUCCUGCAGAGCCACGGCCAAGAUGCUGAAUUAUCAGGGACACUUUCACUUGUUUUGACACAGUGCUGUAAAAGAAUAAAGGAUACUGUUCAGAAAUUGGCCUCAGACCACAAAGACAUCCACAGCAGUGUUUCUCGGGUUGGAAAAGCCAUUGAUAAGAAUUUUGAUUCUGAUAUUAGCAGUGUAGGGAUAGAUGGCUGCUGGCAGGCAGACAGCCAAAGGCUUCUCAAUGAAGUGAUGGUGGAACACUUCUUUCGACAGGGAAUGCUGGAUGUGGCCGAGGAGCUCUGUCAGGAAUCUGGUCUUUCCGUAGACCCCAGUCAGAAAGAACCAUUUGUGGAGUUAAAUCGAAUAUUAGAAGCAUUAAAAGUCAGAGUUCUGAGACCUGCUCUGGAAUGGGCGGUAUCAAACCGAGAAAUGCUUAUAGCCCAGAACAGCUCCUUGGAAUUUAAGCUACACAGACUGUAUUUUAUUAGCUUAUUAAUGGGUGGAACUACAAAUCAGCGAGAGGCAUUACAAUAUGCUAAAAAUUUUCAGCCAUUUGCCCUAAAUCAUCAAAAAGACAUUCAGGUUUUGAUGGGAAGCCUCGUGUACCUGAGACAAGGGAUUGAGAACUCACCAUAUGUUCACCUGCUUGAUGCAAACCAGUGGGCUGACAUCUGUGACAUCUUUACACGGGAUGCCUGUGCCCUCCUGGGGCUCUCCGUGGAGUCCCCUCUCAGUGUCAGUUUCUCUGCAGGGUGUGUGGCGCUGCCAGCUUUAAUUAAUAUUAAAGCUGUGAUUGAGCAGAGGCAGUGCACUGGAGUUUGGAACCAGAAAGAUGAAUUACCUAUUGAAGUGGACCUUGGUAAAAAGUGCUGGUAUCACUCAAUAUUUGCCUGUCCCAUUCUUCGUCAGCAAACAACAGAUAACAAUCCACCAAUGAAAUUGGUCUGUGGUCAUAUUAUAUCAAGAGAUGCCCUGAAUAAAAUGUUUAAUGGUAGCAAAUUAAAAUGUCCAUAUUGUCCAAUGGAACAAAGUCCAGGAGAUGCCAAACAGAUAUUUUUCUGAAGAAAUGAUUUUAGUUUGCAAUUUGUAAGUGAAACUGAAUUGUGGAUUUCAGAAGAGACCGUUCCAUUUAAUGCAGCUAACCAAGGACUCCCGUGUUUAUAUAAGCUGAUGCUCCAGAAACUUUGCCAACAUUUUAGUGCACACACACUGAGGGGAGUGCUCCAGAUGAAUAUUAUCAUAGGGCUUUAUUAUAUUCUUGGUCUUCAUUUUUGAUCAAGUAAAUACACCAGCAGUUGUCAUUCAAUGCAGGUUUUUGUACUUAAUUAUAUGGUGAUUUUUUUACUCUUUAAGAGCAGAAACAGAACUUGACCUCCCUGCCAUGUGUUUAGUAUUUCUCCUGCUUUUACUUUUGUCAUUUACUUGAUAAUUGUAAGCUUUGAGAAUGUUUGUGAAAAGGUUUUAUUUUUUGUUAUGUAUACAUAAGUAAAUGAAAAUUCUUUGGAAAAACUGAAUUGUGGUUAUAAAACUAAUUUGCAUUUUUUUUUUUUGCUUAAGGAAGAAAGCUGUGAUAGAUUCCAAAUUUGCUUUUUGAUGUUUUUCUCUGCUCCACCUCUCACUGAGAAGUCAGCAGGCCUGCAUUUGAGCUCUGCUGGUAGCCUGGCUACCUGUUUAAAAUUCCAUCAUGAAUUUAGCAGGUUGGUGUGAGAAGUCUUCCGCUAUAACAGUGGAAGGAGUACUAUUGUUUCUUUGCUUUUAUUGCCAAGAGGUGCUUGUUUUAAAAGUGUGCUCAAUAAAAUGAAAUUCUGAAGGUAGAAGUGUUUUUAAGUUGAUAUUUGCUCUCUUGGUCUUGGUAGCCCUGUUCUCUGAAAUUGGCCUUCAGGACUUGGCUGUAUAUCAUUGCAGACACAGUGUUGCGUGUGCGUGCGUGUGUGUAUGUGUGUGUGUACACCAGCAUCAAACAUUGUGCAUCUGAAAGGGAAGAAGCAUGUUCCAGUCCUAAAAUGCAGUUACCAACUCAUUACUUUAAAUCCUGAAAGUUAGAAUCUAGCACAUUUUCUGUAGUACAGAAUAUGUUUAUUGCUGUUUUUGUAUUUGAAUAGUAUACUGUUCAUUGCCUCUCCUGCAGCGUGUAUCAUCUCAUUGACUGUGAAUCUGUAUAUUAUUCUAAUGGAUACACAUAAUGAUCUUUUCUCUUGUGAGGUAUAUUCAUUUAAUGCACUAUCCAGAAAUAGCCAUGUGUAAGAGUCUUUCUCUGUAUGAUGAACUACAUGGAAAAAGACUUCUGUGGACAUAAUUCCGACUUAAACCCUUUAAGUUACUUCAUUAUGAGAAGAAUGAUGUAUGAAAAUCACCAAAUAUUUUGCAACUUUAUUUCAUCUGACAUGGAAACGAACAUCAAUAUAGGAAAACUUUCAUGAGAAAAUGAAAAAAGAAGAAAGCACAGAAUCAAAGAGAACCAUGACACUUCACAUUUUAAACUACAGAUUGGCUUAGUUUGAGGGGGGGGCGGGAAGAGAACAGAUUUGGUGCUAAUUGGAAAAUGGCAGCAUUUGCAGUAGUGUACCAGCCUGAAUGGCUUAUCCUGAAAUGCUUACUUACAUGGGAGAGCUGGGGUUUGUAAGGUUAGAAGGGUACUGCGGAAAGCCCUGUUUGACCGAAGUUCUGGUCAGGCUUAUGUUGAGGGCCGCUGUGGGUCACAUAGGUUAGUUGGCCGGGAAUCGUGAUUAGCCCGUUCAGAGUGCUUGCUUUGUCCAGCCUUGGUCUUAGCCUCACGGCAACUUUUUCCCAGUGUGUCUGUUUUCCUUUGGGAACCCUCUCUAAAGUUUCACCUCUCUCUACUAAAGCAGUGAAGGAACAAAGCAGAGAGAAGCUCUUUGGACUCCAAAGGGAAGGUAGAGAAUUCAAUACAAUACUCUGGUUAAGGAUGUAAAACUGGUUUAUUAUAUAUUUUUUAUUUUGAAAUAAACCCAGAGCAUCUUUUUUUAAAAAACCUUUUUCUCAUUAGGGCAGAUUUAGCUUUAUUUACAAUUUAUUCUCACCUUUCCACCUCAAACACCUACAUAGCAUGUAGGUUUUACAUAAGGUUCGAACUAUAUAGAUGUUGCUUUAGAGGCUGGUGGUAAAUAUUUUUGGUGGCCAGCGACUCACGUAGUUGUCUCAGGCUACUUUCAAAGACAAAAGCCAGAGCUCUGCUUUGUCCCUCUCUCAGUGUUGGGAAUCCUAUUGACAGUUUUCUGUGAAGCUCAUGGAACUUUAAAAGGAACAUGCUUUAACUGAAGCAUUUGAUUUUACAGUUUUCUGUGCAAGGUCCUUAUAGUCCUGGACAGGAUUAAGGCCAAAAAUUUUGAAACUCUUGAUCUAACAAUUAAAUGUGAAAAUUAUUUGUUGUGACCUUUAACUAGAUGCAUGGAUUUAAAAGUCAUUGGUGACUAAAUGUGAAGGAGAGGUGGAUUUGAAGAGGCCAGACCUUAACCAAAGAUACUGAAAUACAACAUGUUGUCUUUCCUGCUCUAGACACAUCUUCACUAAUGGUGUCGGGGCUACAUCAUUGCUGACACUAUGGGUAUCAGCAGUGUAGGAGGAUGUUCUUCAUGUUCUGCCUAGAGCUAAGAUUUUUUACAGUCAGACUAAUUAUAAUUACAUUGAAAACGAUUUCAGAGUGGUUUCUUAAAUUUCUCUGGGAACCAUUUCUGUUUUUCAGCCAUGGACUGAGCUAAACUACUAAAACCUUACUAGAUCCUUAGGUUCUGGUUUAGCCAGAGCAUCUAUGCUUUCAAGUACAAUCUGAAGUACAGUGGUUAAGGUUGUCUUUAAAUCUUUUCUCCUUUUUGUGAUCACCAGAGAUGCCAUUUCUAUUGUUUUAGUGGUGGUGGUAUGAGACUUCCAAUGCAUAAAUGAACGGGUAUUGGUGCCUCUUAAUUUUAAAAAUUUUGAAAAGAGCCACCUCAUAUUCAUAGAGUAUGUCAGUAUUUUGUGCGUGUAUGAGCAUUUAAUUGAACAUAAGAAAGUUAUAAAGUAAAUCUUUCGUUUUGAUUUUUCUGUGGCAGCCGAUGUAUACAGAGACACUAAAACCCACACCAAAUUAUGUGGGGAAUGAGGAUCCUUUUUUCUCUCCAGGUAGUCCCACAGGUUAUGCAGUUUACGUGCAGUAUUCUUUAUGCUGUGAGUAAUUUCCACCUCAGUGGUUUCAGCCUUUGGGAUAAUAGAUACUACAAAAACCAAGAACUCUUGGUUACCCGCACAAGACAAGCCGCUGGUAGACAUUAGCCCUCUGGUUUUCCAGCUCAACCUCUGAUUGAGUCAACUGCUAGUCCAUCUGGUCAGUUCGCUUAGUCAGAAGACUCAGGUUAUUUUCAGGGAAGAAAUGGAAGCAUAGUUUAGUUAAUUUCAUCACUAAGGUGUAUAAGGUGAAGACAAACCAAAUACCUUUCAUUACUUUACAUACACUAUCUUCGGUAAUACUGGAAUGCUGUGGUCUUGAGGGAAUGUUAACAAGAAACACAUACAUACCUUCAGUACUUGGUAAGCCUGUCCAGCUGUCGCAGGUUUUAUCUGGUACUGCAGUGUUUACCAUAAGCAAGUACAAACUUCAUGGACUGUUUAUUGAACUAUAAUUGAAUAGAUACCAAAACUAGAAUGACAAAUGUAUUUUAGUAACAGAUGAGGCAACUAGUUUUAGGUCAAGUUUUCCACUGUUGAUUUUACUUCAAGACAUAGGGAGAGAAAACAGAGUUUUGUUUUCAAGACAUUUCCCUCUGUAGUUUUAAACUGUAGUAAGCAUAUGCUUCAUUUACUUCCAAAGAGGUGGAAGAAGCUGGAGUUGACUUAGAGCACAUGCUUUGUUUCCUGUUAUGGGUGAGGACCUACACUUUUAUUUUAGCAGUCACUUAACAUUCUCCAACAAACAUUUGUGGGAUUCACUAGGAUUUAGUGCCUGAUCUUUUCUUUUGGGAAAGGGUGGGAGUGAAUGUAUUGGGGGAGGGAGGGAAGCAGGAGAAAAAAAUGGGAGCGUGAGUGAGUGUGCAUGUCUUUGAAAUUCACCGUUAUCCCCACCCGUGUCUAGCAAGAAACAGGUAUUUAAUGUAUUUUGCUCAUGACUGCAGUGUGCAUGUUUUUUCCCUCCUCCAAGUUCUCUAAACUUAAAGGAUUCAUCAAAUCAUCUUGAUCAGAUGGCUCAGGAUUGUAUUUCUUUUGCUUACCCUGUGCUCUUGGGUUCUAUAGUAUUUCUAUAAUUAUGUAACAAGAAUAGUGUUGCACUGUAAUCUAUUAUAUAGAGCUAUAUGUAUGGAAAAUUUUGAUCAGUUUUUUAAGAAAUGUAUCCUGUUUGCAAAGGCACAAUAAAGUUGCAUAUUAUAGACUAUAGGCAAUAAAGCUAACAAUAAACCUGAUUUAACACAAA